AUGACGGCUACGAUGCCGCCCGUGCAGCAUCCCAUAAUACGGGCGGGAUAUGUUCCUGCGGCCUCUGCACCGGCAGAAAAUAUUCCCGCACCGAGGCCACCAUUGGAUUCACUAACGCAAAUAAAGAUAGAACAUCAUGCUGCUAGGAAGGUGAUGCAGCGGCUUAAGAAAAUGUUACCACGCUCACAAUGGCCCGUACGCCAAGGCACGCGCAGAUAUCCGGCACCGACUUUCCGCACACCUUUUAUACAAGCAGGAUAUGGUCUUGCUGCUUUCGCACUGGCGGGCUAUGUCUGUGCAGCCUCCGCACCGGCGGGCUAUGUCUGUACAGCCUCCGCACCGGCGGGAAAUAUUCCUGCAGCCUGCGCACCGGCGGGUCAUGUCUGUGCAGCUUCAGCACCAGCGGGAAAUACUCCUGCAGCCUUCACAUCGAUGGGAAAUAUUCCUGCAGCCUUCGCACCGGCGGGCCAUGUCUAUGCAGCCUUCGUACCGACGGGAAAUAUUCCUGCAGCCUGCGCACCGGCGGGAAAUACUCCUGCAGCCUUCGCAGCAGUGGGAAAUAUUCCUGCAGUCUUCGCACCGACGGACCAUGUCUGUGCAGCCUCCGCACCGGCAAGAAAUAUUCCUGCAGCCUGCGCACCGGCGGGCAAUAUUCCUGCAGCCUGCGCACCGGCGGGUCAUGUCUGUGUAGCUUUAGCACCGGCGGGAAAUACUCAUGCAGUCUUCACACCGGUGGGAAAUAUUCCUGCAGCCUUCACACCGGCAGGAAAUAUUCCUGCAGCUUCCACCUUGGCGGGUUAUAUCCCUGCACUCUCUGCACCGGCUGGUUACGUUCCCGCAUCAACCGGAUAUUUUUAUUCAAAAUAAAAUUAAAAAAUUAUAAAACAAAUAAAGUAUA